AAGCGAAGGCCCGUCUAUCGCUGCUUGCAGCUUUUAAUUACUUUUGUGUGUUUUUUAUAAAAAUGGAGGAAAUCUCCCCACCACCCCCUCCCUUUCUGUGCCCUUUUACUCUGAGCUGUUCCGAAGGUGAACUUCAGACUUUCAGUAUCUGUUGCAGUGGGGAAUAUAUGCCUCCAGCAGUCAAGCUGAGAGUACGCAGCAUACAUCAGCUUCUAUCAACAACCUUGUUCAGUGAACUACUCUUCCUGAAGAUGUCUGAGCGUGCUGAUAAGAUAGUGAAAGGAGAUCUAGCGAUUGGUACAGGCGGGAAUCAGAUGAUGACUGACAUCAUUGACCGGCCCGGUAAAGCUUUUGCUGCUGGUACCUAUGCUGGUGCCGGGCAAUUUGAAGAUGAAUCUGAGGAGGAAACUGGAGUGUAUGCUGGUGCAGGAGUUGGCCAUGUUCGUGCUGAAUGGAGCUUUUUUGAUGCAGAGGCCAAAGGGCCCAACGCCAGCGCAGGGGCUGAAAUCUCUAGGGCAGUAGGUGUCAGAGCCAUAGCCAAGGCAGAACUGGCCAGUGCUUCGGUCUCCGUUGGUCCAGUGAAAGCCACACUCGGUCUGGCAAUAGACACCGGUGGCAGCAUCGGUCCGUCAGGUAUAGAGGCAAAAGUGCUGGGAACAGGAUUCUCCUUUGGUCGUACUAUGGGCGUUUCUCUGUUUGGCACUGGGUUUGAAAUUAAAUUAUGGUAGACUGUGGCUUUUUACCAAACACAGCUCUUUGUGAGUAUGUGUUAUGUCUUCUAUGACAACAAUGAAACGAUGAAAGCACUUGAAAUGUGUAGCAUUAUAAAUGAAACUGGUUCCAAUCUCCACCGAGAUAUCUCUCUUAUAUCCUGUAUUAAUGUCACUGCAGAUGUAAAAUUUGAACAUCAUGAAGUGGUUUUCCGUGUCUGCUGCUUUUAAAUAACAUAGAAUGCACAUAGUAUAAAAUGUAGCAUUCUUGGUCAUACUGAAAAUAAAGUGCAGAAAAAAGAU